UCGCUUACCUCUCGGCCUUCUCCCACCCAAAAACUCCGCCAUUUUUUCUUACAAAUCUGCUCGAGUAUUUCCAGUAGUGAUUGCUAGUUAUAGUGGUAAAAUUAACUGAUGGAGGGUCAAAAAAGCAAAAGAAAAUCUACCACUAGUAGUACUAGUACUAGUACUAGCGGCAGUGGCGCCCCAGUUCUUCCAUGGAUGAGAGACCCAAUUGACAUCACAACUUUUGAUCAAUGCCCUCUUAAGCUCCUCCCUUUUCUUGACCCCAGGCUGGAAGAGGCUUUGCAAAAAAUGGGCAUUAGUUCAUUGUUUCCGGUGCAAUUAGCGGCAUGGCAAGAGACGAUUGGCCCUGGUUCGUUUGAGCGAGACCUUUGUAUAAAUUCACCAACAGGAAGUGGGAAAACUCUGGCUUACGCUCUGCCAAUUGUGCAAAUGUUGUCGACUCGUGCAGUAAAAUGUCUUCGUGCUUUGGUGGUCUUGCCUACUCGUGACUUGGCUUUGCAGGUCAAGGAUGUCUUUGCUGCUCUUGCACCUGCAGUUGGUCUGUCUGUGGGUUUAGCUAUUGGUCAGUCUUCUAUUGCUGAUGAGAUCUCACAGCUCAUUAAGAAGCCUAAGCUUGAGGCAGGAAUCUGUUACGACCCUGAAGACGUUGUGCAGAAGUUCCAAAGUUCUGUGGAUAUACUAGUGGCUACACCUGGAAGGUUGAUGGAUCAUAUCAGCAACACAAAGGGUUUCACAUUGGAACACCUUUCUUUUCUUGUGGUUGAUGAAACAGAUAGGCUACUUAGGGAGGCUUAUCAAUCUUGGUUGCCAACAGUCCUCCAAGUGGCCCAAUGUUGCAACAACAAUUUCUUCCCCUCUGCUGGCAGUUAUGCAUCUACAUUUGGUUCACUGAGGACCAUUCGCAGAAAUGGGGUAGAAAGAGGCUUCAAGGGUAAGCUUUACCCAAGGCUUGUGAAAAUGGUUCUAUCUGCCACUCUAACACAAGACCCAGGCAAACUUGCACAGCUUGAUUUGCAUCAUCCUUUGUUCUUGACUACUGGAGAAAAGCGUUAUCAACUCCCUGAUCAGUUGAAGUCCUUUAAAGUGAUAUGUGAAUCAAAGCUUAAACCCCUUUAUUUGGUAGCUCUUCUGCAGAGUUUGCAAGGGGAGAAAUGCAUUGUUUUUACAUCAUCUGUGGAGUCAACUCAUAGGCUAUGCACAUUACUUAAUUUUUUUGAUGACUUGAAUUUUGAGAUCAAGGAGUAUUCCCGUCUUCAACGCCAAUCUGUAAGAAGCAAAACUUUGAAGGCAUUCCGAGCAGGGGAAAUCUGUGUUCUUGUUUCCUCUGAUGCAAUGACUCGUGGAAUGGAUGUUGAAGAGGUUAGAAAUGUCAUCAAUUAUGACAUGCCUCCAUAUAUUAAGACUUAUAUUCAUCGAGCUGGUCGAACUGCCAGAGCGGGUAAAUCUGGUUGCUGUUUCACACUGCUUCACAAAGAUGAGGUUAAGCGAUUCAAAAAGCUAUUACAGAAAGCUGACAACAAUUCGUGUCCCUUGUAUCACAUUCCUCCACAAUCAGUGGAGUCACAUCGCUCCAUUUACACUUCAGCUUUGGAGAAACUAAAAGAGAGUGUCGAAUCAGAAGUUCACAGGAAGCGCAAAGCGCUAGUGUAAUUUGGAAAAGAAAAGCGUUGAAUACAGAUCAAGGAACGGAUAUUGCUUGUGAUCAUCAGUAACUUUCUAAAAUAUCGGGCUUGGUGCUCUUUACCUGGUUCUGCACAUUGGAGCAGUCACAUGCUCAGAAAUCUGCUACGUGCUCUGGAGCAGUUUUCGAUUGUUUUCUCUGCUCAUAGGGCAUUCUGAUGCUUAAGAGUGGAAUUGCCUUCGCAGAACUGAAAGACGUUGUGUGAUUGAAGGGAAACACCAUGUUCUUUGUGCAAUGUCGUGUCCUUUUGAGGUAGUCGAGCGAAGAAGCAAAGUAUGGCUCAAUUGAAAAGCUUCUGUAUGGCUGAAAUUGCCAGCCAUAUUGAGUUUAAAAGAUCUAAUUUACUGUCGAUGUCCAUGACUUGCAGAAGCUUAACGUAACAGGAUUGAUAGAAGUUUGAACAUUGCGAUGAUGUAGACACGAGUUAUAUGCCAAAAUGGUUUUGGGUCACUGUAUAGAAAAGAUAAUCAGUACAAAAAAGUGAUAGUAUUGCAUUUAGUUCAUCAGUCA